UCUACAGUAAACUACUAAACUCAAGUCAACUGUGUUCUUGAAGAGCUACUGGGACGAAGGUUAUCUUGUAGUACUUUUGGAUUUUUGUGAUACAAAUCAGCAUUUGAUGGCAAACACAGAAUGUUUCUGUUGAAGCUAGAAUCUUAUUUAUGGGCUAUGCUUGUAAUCUUUUAGACCAAGCAGACUCAAGAAAAACGUGGAUAUAUCAUCUUGAAAUAGCAAUAUUUUGUCAUGUCUGGUCGAGGUCGCCGGCAUAGAAAGAUAGAUCUUAAUAGAGCCACGGCUGAGGACUUGGCUAACAUCUCAGGAAUAGGUAAAGGAAAGGCAAUAGAGAUUAUAGAUAUGCGUGAAGCUUUGGGUGGGUUUACCUCUAUUGAUGACUUGAGAUCCAUUCGUGGGAUUGGUGUAGGAUUUUUUGACAUGAACAAAGACCUUGUUUAUUGCUCUCCACGAUCAAAAUUACUAAAUGAUCCCAAGAGCAGUGGUAGUUCGAGAGAAGAACGUUCCAAUUCAAGACGAUCACUUCGGAACAAGCUAAAUGAUAGUGACUCUCGAAGUGAGGAUACUGUUCCAAUGAAACGGAAAUUGAGCAAAAAGCCUGAAGCUGUUGUACCAGAAAAGCGACUUUGCUCAGAUGCCAGUAAAGAAUUGGGUAGCUGUAAUAGUACCAAUCAUCCCAUCCAAGAGCACCAUACUAGUAAUCUGACAUGCCCCCCUGAAAUUGAGAGUUGGUUACAAGUGUUUCACACAUGGGCACAAGAUAAGAAGAAACAAGCACUAGAUGAGCUAAUGGAGAGAUGUAAUCCUUCGAUUAUACGACAUGUGAUGUCCUCUAUUGAACCAAGAUUUCAAAGGGACUUUAUAUCAUUACUACCCAAGGAACUUGCAUUUUAUGUUCUUGGUUUUUUGGGCCCAAAGGAUUUGGUCCAAGCUGCUCAGACCUGUAAAUAUUGGAGGAUUCUAUGUGAUGACAAUCUUUUAUGGAAGGAAAAGUGCAAUGAAUAUGGUAUAGAUGACGAACCCAUUUUGAGUCAAAAACCAGCCAGACGCAAAACAUCAUCAGGCAGUAACAAUCAUGUUAACCUUGGAGUAAACCACAGUCCUUACAAGAAUAUGUUCCUCACAAAGCAUAAAAUUGCAAUGAAUUGGAGAUAUGGACCAUUGAAUGCUCAUAAAAUACUCAAAGGCCAUGAUGAUUAUGUCAUAACAUGUUUGCAGUUUAGUAACAAUAAAAUUGUUAGUGGUUCUGAUGAUCACACAUUGAAAGUUUGGUCCGCCAUCACAGGAAAGUGCCUACGCACAUUAUACGGUCACACAGGUGGUGUGUGGGCCUCGCAAAUGGAGGGUAACCUGAUUGUCAGUGGUUCAACUGACCGCACCCUUAAAGUGUGGAAUGCUGAUAGUGGGCAAUGUAUACAUACCUUAUAUGGUCAUACAUCAACAGUGCGAUGUAUGGAUAUUCAUGGAAAGGUUGCAGUCAGUGGGUCUCGGGAUGCCACCUUGCGAGUAUGGGAUAUUGAGGCUGGGACAUGUUUGCAUGUUUUGGUUGGUCAUGUUGCUGCUGUUCGAUGUGUGAAAUAUGAUGGGCGGAGAAUUGUCAGCGGUGCUUAUGACUAUGUAGUGAAGGUUUGGGACCCAGAGACAGAGCAAUGCAUUCACACACUACAAGGCCAUUCAAACAGAGUCUAUUCCUUACAGUUUGAUGGUGUUUACAUUGUUAGUGGCUCUCUUGACACAUCCAUCCGUGUUUGGCAUGUUGAUUCAGGACAAUGUCUUCAUACGUUGGUUGGCCACCAAUCUUUAACCAGUGGUAUGGAACUACGGAAUAACAUCCUAGUCUCAGGAAAUGCUGAUUCAACUGUUAAAAUUUGGGACAUCACUACUGGGCAAUGUUUACAGACACUUGCCGGUCCAAACAAACACCAAAGUGCUGUUACAUGCUUACAGUUUAACAAGAAGUUUGUGAUAACUAGCUCAGAUGAUGGUACUGUGAAACUGUGGGACCGCCUGACGGGUGAAUUCAUUCGAGAUCUUGUAAAGUUGGAUAGUGGUGGCAGUGGUGGUGUUGUGUGGAGAGUACGCUGCAAUGAAACCAAACUGGUUUGUGCAGUAGGAAGUCGUAAUGGGACUGAAGAAACAAAGUUAUUGGUCUUAGACUUUGGCAUUUCAGAGUAAGGAUGGUGAAGUGAAGUAUGUAAAAUGUUUCAAUUGUAAAAUUAAUUAAUCUUUACAAGCCCAGGGAUGUUUUGAAAAAAAUAGAUGCUACUAAUUUGGUCUAUAUUAUAUACAAUUCAAACUAAUUUCAAUUCUUAACCAAUCUAAAAAUAUGCAAGUAGGUUGAAAUCUCUUAAUUUUAUUAUUUGCAUAUCCUUCGUAAGUAAAGAUGGAUAUGUUCAUAAGUUUAACUUGUGUAACCAUUUAGGCUCAUACUUAAAAUAAACUAGGAAACAUACAACAAAUAGUUUAGCUUCAAUUCUUAUUCAAAAGAAUUUUCAACAAUAAACCUGUUAUAUAACCUAGAGGUUAGAGGUUUGUAAUUGUAAAUAAAUUGUGUGAAAAAUACCUUGUACAAAAAAGACUGUUAAAAAUAUAGCUCUAGAAAAGUAUUGUAUAAUAAUUUUGAUAAUAUUAGAAAGACAUUAUCAUAAGACAGAAACAUUUGACUGUUGUAGGUAAAGUACUGCAGUUAUUUUCUACUUGAGUCGCUUGACCUAAAAAAUGACUAGAUGCCAGUUGAGCAAUAAUUUAAAACCCUUGGCAGGACCAGGGUCUGUCAAAAGAAAAUAAAAAACUGUGAUAAAUAUUACAUGCAGACUGAGACUAGCUAUAGUGCUUAUUAUGCAAUGAUGAUUGUUUUGGACAAUAGAACUAUUUUUGAAAAGGAGUCCAUAAUACUAAUAUUUGUUAAUAUUGUUUAGCAAAUUGAUAUAGCACUGUAUAUCUAGUCAAGAACUAAUUGUAUGAAAUAAUAUUUAUGAACUUAUAUUAGCAAUGUUUAAUAUAAAUUGUACUUUAAAUGUAGAUGACAAAAUGUCAAACUCAUUUGUCAGGGUUGUGCGCAACAUGUUACAUUACUGUUAAAUGGAAAUUGAAUACAUAUUUUUUAAUAUGGU